AUGUCUACAGCUCCAUAUUUCAAUAUCAAACGUCAAUCUUCCGGUUCGACUGAAGGGGAAGCAGUAGCGCAGAUACCCUCGCCAUUCCAACGGCUCCCACCGGAAAUUCGAGACCAAAUCUAUGACCAUAUAUUUGAACCUCACCGUGUCGAGCUCAUACGAAGAAGCGAGAAAGAUCCGACUAAGCACCCAAAGAGAGUGUACUAUCGCCUCUACCACAACCCCCUUCGAUCGCGCGAUCCCGUCACGCAGCAAAUUCAGGACCCCUGUCGGAAAAGUCAACUCCCUGUGCCCAUAGCACUGGUUUUUACAUGUCGCAGUAUCUAUUGCGACACCCUUUGGUGGCUGUACUCCACUACCCAAUUUGUCUUCACUUCGACGAGGACUAUGAACCGCUUCUUCAACACCAUCCCCUCGGAAGUACAGCCUGCAAUUCGACAUGUCGAGAUCAACCAGGAAAUGCACAGUGAACCAAGUUUAACCGAGCAUCGUAUCCACAAGGUCCGAAGUGACUGGGCUUUCACAAUGGCAUGUGAGAACUUGGUGAGGUGCUGUUCAGGACUGCAAGUCUUGUACAUUUACUUUCGCAUCCGUGACUGGCCCAUGAGCCUCGAGAUCGGCGAAACAUGGUCAUUGCCAAUGAUGGCCUUUGCCGAAUACAAAGCUAAAGGUGGUUUGGACGUCGUGACGAUCAAUCUCGAUAUGCCGAGGUUUGGGGUCCAGAAGUUGAAGAUUAUGGCCAAAACCUUGGAAAAACGAUUCAUGAAGCCCAAGGCAUUUCAGAUCAGGGAGGAUGAGCGAUUGGCUAGAGAGUUGACUUGCUCUUUCAUGGAAUUGCGGGUAGAGGGAAAUGACUGA